GCAAUAAUGUUAAUACUAAUAAUCAUAACAAACAAUGAGUGUUAGGCUCCACAGUCCAGCUUUGUCCACACAUUUACACUCAUGUUUGGACGGAGCUUUCUGCACUGCUGCAGUCAGCGGGAGAGAGAGAGAGAGAGAGACGGAGAGAGAAAGAGAGAGAAGGGGGACUGCGCAAAAACCACGGUCCGGAUUUGUGGCUGAUUGACGUCAUGGGGAGCCACAGACCUGUUUGACAGGACAAGCACUGGGGAUUCACGACCAUCAUCCGAUUGACCGGGACAUGUCGAAGACGACGACGAUAUCGCCGUUCUGUACGACCCAGUCGCCUGUGUGAAGUGAGAGAGGUAAACCCGGAGAUUUUGUCUCGCUCGGCCGUGCUGCUGCGGGGGCACCAUGCGAGCGUCCCUCCGCUGUUAACGGCCGUUUUCUGCCUCGGAAAACGAGCCGCAGCGUCUGCGCGUCGUGGGGAGAUAAGCGGCCAGAGAAGACGCACUAAUCCCCCUGAGGGACGGUCACAUUCAUCGAAGCGGCGAGCCCGGACUGUUAUGCCCUCUCAACCGAGUGCUUUUCGCGUGACGGACAAUGGGGGCUUUGACGAGCAGACAGAACAUAGGCGUGGAAGAAGUGGACAUACCGUCCAAUGCGGUGUACCGUUAUCCACCGAAAUCUGGGAGUUACUUCGCCAACCAUUUCAUCAUGGGAGGAGAGAAGUUUGACUCCACCCACCCGGAGGGUUACCUGUUUGGGGAAAAUACAGACCUUAACUUCCUGGGGACCAGACCUGUGGCGUUCCCGUACGCAGCACCUCCACCUCAGGAACCAGUGAAGACGCUCCGAAGCCUCAUAAACAUACGGAAGGACACGGUGCGGCUCGUGCGGUGCAGCGAGGACCUGAAGCUGCCAGGUGAUGAGGCAACGGGGAAGAACAGGGCCUGCUACAACGUAGAGUUCACCUUCGACGCUGACACACAGGUGGCCAUCACCAUCUACUACCAGGCCAUAGAGGAGUUUCACAAUGGAGUGCCAGUUUACCUGCCUCAGGACAGCUCUCUGCAGUCUGAGACAGUGCACUUCAAGAAAGGAGUUUGUCAGCAGUUCUGUCUGCCCUCACACACCGUCAACCUCAGCGAAUGGGCCGACGAAGAGCUGCUGUUUGAUAUGGACAAGGAGAUGUUCCCUAUGGUGGUGCAGGCUGUCGUAGAUGAGGGGGAAGAACAUUUGGGACACUCACACAUACUCCUGGCUACAUUUGAGAAGCACAUGGAUGGGAGCUACUGUGUGAAGCCUCUGAAGCAGAAACAAGUGGUGGAUGGAGUGAGUUAUCUACUGCAGGAGAUCUACGGGAUAGAGAACAAAUACAACAGCCAAGAAUCAAAGGUUGCUGACUAUGAGAUCAGUGACAACAGUGCUGAGUGUGUGGUGUGUCUGGCGGAUGUCCGGGACACACUCAUCCUGCCGUGCAGACACCUGUGUCUCUGCAACGCCUGUGCAGUCACAUUACGCUACCAAGCCAACUGCUGCCCCAUCUGCAGACUGCCAUUCAGAGCUCUGCUGCAGAUCCGAGCCAUGAGGAAGAAACUUAGUCCUCUGACUCCCACCAGCUUUCACCCUGUCAUCACUUCGCAGACCUCAGACUCAGAGGAACACUCAGCGUCAGAGCACAUCCCUCCAGGCUACGAAGUGGUGUCUCUUUUGGAGGCGUUGAACGGGCCCCUCAGCACCUCCUCUAUGACUCCUCCUCCUCUCCACUCGGGUCCCAGCCACGUCUCCGGAACGCUGCCUCCAUACAGUAAUGAGCCUCACCCAGCACCGGCGCGCUCCCUCUCUCCUCUUGACCACUCCAACUCCAGUCAGGGACUCAAACUUAAGAAGAGUGGUUCAAAGUCACUUUCCCAGAAUUCCUCUGUGCUUCCUGAAGAGGAGGAUGAGAAAUCUUGCAGUGAAUCGGAAGCCUGUCGCCACAAACUCGCUGUGGACCAGCAGGAGUGUGGAGUGACUCCAGACAGCGAGAACCUGACCCUCUCCUCGUCUGGAGCCAUCGACCAGUCGUCCUGCACAGGCACCCCCCUCUCCUCCACCAUCACUUCCCCUGAAGACCCAGUGAGCAGCAGCCUGGCCCAAUCAGUGAUGUCCAUGGCCUCGUCCCACUCGCAGCACUCCCACAUCAGCACUGACACCAUGUCCUCCAUGUCAGGGUCCUACCUAGCCGGGGUUGAAGGCGAACCCGGUGGGGAGGAUGGGGGCGAGGGCGAGGAGAACCAGGACACCCCCAUGGAGAGGCGAGGACCAUUGCACCAAGAAGGGGACUUUUCCAAACAGCAAAAGGAACAAAACUACUUGGUGGCUGUAGAGGAGCAGGAUUCAGAGGGAAACGAUAUGACAGAAGAGGACUGCUCCUCCCCAUCUAUUGGGAAAGGUGGGCGGAGCAGGUGUCCAGAGUUGGCCAAUAACAAUCAGGGCGUCGCUCUGUGUGACACGCCCUCUUUGGGGUUGGAUAAUGAGCAAGCUACCGACAGCCAAUUCGCUGGUCUGAUGUACCUCGGGGGCUACAGGCCUGUUUUGGAGCCCCUCCACCACCACGCCUCCACCAGCAAUAUCAACCUGGAGGAGCAGGGGGCAGACAACAGGGACAACCAGAGUCCUAAACCUCCUCGCCACGGACCACUCAGUGUUUAACACGCUCACAGAAAUCACAUAGACACGAACUUGUCCUCCUUAGUUCAGAGUCAGCUCUUCUUAUCCCGUCAUAGUGCUGCAUUGCUGGACACAUGGUCCACACGAAACAGGGAAACCCAUCCCCGCCUUCCUGAACGUCUCCUGGAUUGAUCGUUAUUACUGGAGCAGAAAUCUUUCCUGAGCAUAAAGAUGAGAAGGAUGAGAAACAAACACCAUCACCUCUCCCCUGUACACUUUAAUCUCAAAGUCUUUUCCUUGAUUUCUUUUGUCUGUGGCCUACCUUUUGUUGUAGGAUUGAUUAGCCUACUAUUUAUUACCCGUAGGUGUAAAAAAAUGACUGCUCUGUAUUAUGAUAAUAUCUUUAGACACACAUGCUGCUCCUUUCCUUUCCUCUAUUACCAGCCAAACAGUCAGGGGCUACUGUGAUCGGCAAUCGGAUUUAUUACUAACUUCUUCUCUGUUAUAAACUGUGUGUUAAAUUAAUCAGACUCCACAUAAAGGUCAUCUCACACCAGACCACCUUACUAUACCUUAACAACUGAAAAAAAAAACCCUGUCUCUUCUCCUGGGAUCAGGGAGCUCCUGUCUGGUCUUCGGUCUUCGCAUGAAGCUUUUUAACUCCUGCUGAUUAUUUUUUUCAUUCACUUUGUCCCUGCCAUGAGUUUCAAACACCUUUGCUGAAUGUGAAUCCAGAAAUGCCGGGACUUGUGACGUGGCAUACAAGCUAAGAAUUGUCAGCCAAAAUGAACCGAAAUGGCAAAAAAAAAAAGAAGCCAUCACAGAGAAUGUAAGACGGUGGUCAAGUGGUUCUUCUAUCACACACUCUCUCCCUCUGCAGCACCAUGUUAGCAUGCCAGUUUCUUUCAAAGUUGCAACUGUAAAUCAACAAGUACCACUAAGCAAUAAAGAUGCUGACGCUGCAUCUAUCCCUUUCCUUUUGCAGCUGGAUGCUCAUUUACAGUCCAAACGAUGACAAGACUGUGUUUGCACAGGUCUGUUACGGAUACUCCGAUUCAGAAUUCUACCAUGUGUUUUAUUUUUGAUUUUGCCAUCGUAGAGGGAUUCAUUAGAACAUGAGGUUUAACCGACAUUCUGUCCAUACUUCACAGUUGUGACGCUUCUAUUUGUUUUGUUUUUUUGUAUAACUCUUAACGUUUGUUGUCGUUCUCUCCAUUUCUGUGUUUCGAUAUGUUGCAAAAACACUGUGUUGCUCACUAGAAUGUUCAUGACACAAAUAUGUGAAACAUUUGUAAAAGUUUACACACUCAAACAAACAAACGUGAAAAGGGACGGCUCAACAUUUAAUGCACUAUUAGCAGUUUCCUAGACGACACACGUUGUGGUGCAUGAGGUGAUAGUAGAGUAAGCAUGUUAAUCUAGGUCAGCCUGCUCCCUCAUGUAGAGGACAUGAUGAUGGAUCACCACACACACACAUGAAGAUGCACCAUGUUCUUCUGUUAUCUAAUCAGUUGCUGGCUCCCUUUCCCCCGACCACACUGCUGAGGUCAGGACUACUGCGCUAUAUAUCCGAGCUGCAAACAGUAACGGUCCCAAAUCUACAAGUUUCCACUUUUCUAGGACUAGGAGUAAAAAUGUCAAAUGGACAAUAAAGUUUUAACUAAACUGAACGGUUGCAGAGGGGUUUGCUUUUCGAUGUAAAUGGGGAACGAUUGUUUGUUUGAUUUCCCCAGUGCUUAUAACACUGUUCUGAUGUUUGGGUUCUGGGCUGUUGGUCAAACAUUAAGAGACUGAAGAGAUCAUCUGCAACACUUUCACUAUGUUCUGAAAUUUUGAAGAUUAAAAGAUUGACUUACUUGAAAACAAACAAACAAACAAACCCUAAAAGAAUAAUCAGUAAGGAUAAUCAAUCAUGAAUAUAACCAUAGCCCCUUGAUUCAAACCCUGAUUGUUUUGUAAACUCUUUGUAAAAGUGUAUUCAAAUACUGAAUAAAAACCUGGGCUCAGCUGCCGGCAUAACGAGGCAUAAUGAAAA